AUGUGGUACCUGGAAUUGGACUUCACUGACGCCCCCAAUUUUGAUGAGCAACUGCUGCGGCGGUGCCUGAGCAUGUUGGUCGACCGGUGGGAGUGGGUGGCUAGACCGUGUGGAUUUCACCCUAUAUGGGCGAAUCUCGGUAAAUAUUUGCCUAUGUAUGAGUUAAUCUUCAGGGUGGUGGCAUAUAUUGUCAGCAUCGUGAUAAGCCUCGAAGUCGUAACCCCAGACUGCACCCUAGCAGAGGCUUCGUGGGCCCCCGCAAACAUGGUCAGCUAG